CUUCCCUUCCUUCUCUUUCCAACCAUGAAUGCCGAAUAUCUUUUAAACAAUGCAACGGCCAACCUCCAUAACAACUACUUCCAGUCCAAUAUCUCCACAAAGAACAAGCGAAAGUUGGAUGAUUAUGAUGCGGAGUUGUCAUCACCUAAACGAUUUACAGACUUGACAUCCAAUGCAGAGUAUCAGCAGCAGUUACCUUUCCCGCCUGUUUCACCAUUUGACGCUCAACAUCGUCGUAGUAACUUUUAUCCACAAGACUCUGUUGCAUCUGCUAUGCCUGCCAUAACCUACGCUUCACCCGACUAUCGGCCACCACCACCCCCCUCGGUCUCUACACAAGCCGCCCACUUGGGUUUGAAUCUGCAACAACAGCAACCCACUAUGGUGCAGGACACCGACAUGGGAGAUUCCUCUGGCUCUGAUGAGGAAUUUGGCAAUUUGCCGACUCCAGCCGAAUAUGUUGGCGACAGUUUGGAAAGAGGGUGGAGCCAAAUACUGUAUGGUCAGGAUCAAGAUAGCUGGUGAAAAAGAAACCCGAUCUACACCUGUCUCCCUUGUCCCCCCUUCGCAAGAUUAUAAAAAAAAAUUACAGUACUCAUGAUUAAAGGUUUCCA